AUGGCCACGGCUCAGGUGCUAGUCCAAACCGAAGAUGAUACCACUGCCACGAGCCAUGUAUCGAUUGGACAGAACCUCGCCGAUGCGCUGAAGCACCUCCGUCGCCAAUCUGAGACCAGAAUGUUUUGGGCUGAUGCCAUCUGCAUUAACCAGAAAGAUCUUGCAGAGCGGUCACAGCAGGUGUUGCUGAUGGGGGUUAUUCACGGUCUCGCAUCCGGGGUCGUCGCAUUUCUCGGACCAGAGGCUGGUGGUAGCAGCGCUGCCCUGGAUUUGAUUGAGAAGACCGGAAGUUUGGUAGACCGGAAGUUUGGUAGAGGUGAACUUCCUGUCAGGACAGGUCCUCCCAAGCCAUGGGAGGGUAUGGGCUUCUUCCGCUCCGGAAGCAGGCCGGACACGCCAAAUGCGCAGACCCCCAGGACCGACUCUACGGACUUCUUAGCCAGCACCCUGAACGCGACCGCGCUGGUAUCCUGGGUCUCUGAUUGGUCUACGCCCAUCGACACGGCAGAUAUCCACGAUUUUACACCAGAGCUGUUCCAUUUGGGACCUUCCUUCACCUACAUCGACAGCACAGUGAUUCAUGCCACGGGUGCCCACAUAUCCCGUGUUGCUUGCGUUAUAUACUUUGACAAGGGGAAGAUGUAUAGCGGCAGUGACGCCGAUACGGCAGUCUAUUUGCGCACACUAUUCCUUACGCUAGCGGAGAAUCAGUAUUCUCAAACCACCAACCUGAUCCAGCGGCAGCACUUUUGGGAGGCAUGCUGCCGGACUCUAUGGUUCAACAACUUUUCGGAAAGAUGGGUUCCCCCUGUGUUGAUGAAUUCCAUAGUCUCUCAGACGCGAGCCUCUAUCUCCAACGCUGUCGGGACGCCUGUACAUCUCGCGCACUUUACUGAAGACGGCCACCUCGGGGCCGCGGCUGAGUCGGUCUCUGUAGGCGGUCAGGUUACUGUCUUGUCUGAUUCCUUUACUCCAGUAGUCCUGCGGCCAGAUAGUCUGGCCAUCAAACAAUACCGCGUUCUCAGCGCCUGUUAUUUGGAUCGUGGGAUGCACGGCGAAUCGCACUUAGGAGACUUGCCAACAAAACUUCAUGGCGUGCUAAAUGGCAAGGGUUCGAGGAUGCUAUGGGGUGCGGCGUACAUGGAUGUAUAUACCAGAGUCAUAUACCAGGAUGACCCGAGGAAUGAACCAUUCCGUCUGGGACUACACAAGAGGGGCUUCCUCGCGGAGUCGUCGUUGGUGGAGCUCAAACCGGCUGGGGCUUGGGAUGUUUUGAGCAGGGCUGGAUUCCCUGUUCAGACUUUUGAGCUGAUCUAA